AUGCCGGGCGGGAGCUGCUGGCUACAGGGCAUCUUUGAGUCUCCCCUCCAGCCCCAGGCGGACAUCAGGAGCUGGCGCCGUUUGUGGGCACAGAUGGACGGGGAGAGGACUAUGAAGCUGAGCCUGCAGUCUCCGUUCCUCAAGAAGCCCUCGUCAUCGGUGAGCUCCCCGUCCUCGCCGUCCUGGUCACUGGAGAUGCUGCUACGCCGGCUGCGCUCCAUUGAGGAGAAGCAGGAGGACAACUUCACCAGGGUGCUGGACGCUGUUGGAGAGUUCGGCCGCUUCCAGCGGAGGCUGACGGCCUUCACCUUCCUCCCCAGCAUGCUUACCGCCUUCUUCAUGUUCAUCGACCGCUUCUCGCUGGUGGACCAGCUGCCCUACUGCAACACCAGCUGGAUUCUGGCUGUUGGGCCUCAUCUGACUGUCGCCCAGCAGCUCAACCUCACCCUGCCCCGGGCACCCAAUGGCAGCUUCCAGCGCUGCCUUAUGUACGUGCCAGUGCCCUUGGACCUGGACACCAUCAUCCGCUUCGGCCUCAACCACACCGACAUAUGCCAGGAUGGCUGGAUUUACCCCGACUCCAAGAUAAGAUCGCUCGUCAAUGAGUUCGACCUCGUGUGUGACCAGCAACCAGACAAAGCACUGUUACAGGCCAUAUUCAUGGCAGGCAUCCUGACGGGGUCUUUCAUUUUCGGGUUCAUCUGUGACAAAAUGGGCCGCUACCUGACCAUCUUGCUGUCCCUGCUGGGCCUGGCCAUCUUCGGCUUCGGGACGGCCUUCGUGAGCAGCUUCCACCAGUACCUGUUCUUUCGCUUCGCCGUCUCCCAGGCCGUGGUGGGCUACACCAUCGGCAGCCUGUCUUUGGCCACGGAGUGGCUGGUGGGGGAGCAUCGGACCCACGCCAUUGUCCUGGCCCACUGUCUCAUCACCAUUGGUAUCGUGUUCCUGGUGGGGCUGGCCUACACCAUCCCCCACUGGCGGCUGCUGUUCUUGGUGGGCGGCGUGCCCAUCUUCCCUCUCAUCUGCUGCGUCUGGGUCCUCCCAGAAUCCCCUCGCUGGCUGAUGACCAGGGGGAGGAUAGAAGAGGCCAAACAAGUGCUGUGCUAUGCUGCCAGAGUGAAUAAGAGAACCAUUCCUCCAGGACUGCUCAACGAGCUGCAGCUGUCUGUGAAGAAGGUGCCGAAGGCCUCGGUGUUGGACUUCUACACCAACCGGCACCUGUACAAGGUGACCCUGGUGAUGGGCUGCGUGUGGUUCACGGUGAGCUACAGCCUGUACACGCUGGCCCUGCGGCUGCUGGAGCUGGGCGGCAUGAUGGCGCUCUUCGGCAAGAUAGCGCCCAGCCUCCUGGGCGUGCCCGCGCGGCUCUGCGGCCUCUUCCUCCUCGAGCAGUUCGGCCGCAAGUGGACGCUGGCGGUCACCUUCGUGCAGGCCACGGCGCUCUACCUGCUGCUGCUCUUCCUGCCGCCAGAGAUGACGUCCGUGAUUAUCUUGGUGGUAGUAUUUGGGCAUUUCAGUCUGGGGACUGCUAUCUCCGUGUUCUUCAUCUACACGGCUGAACUACUCCCCACUGUCCUCAGGGCCACGGGCCUGGGACUCAUGUUCGCCUCCUGGGCCGCAGGAGCCAUUACCUCUUUGAUCAUAACCAGCAACGUCAAAUCCCUCCUGCCUCUGUUUCUCUGCUGCGUCUUCUCCUCCAUGGCCCUGUGCUUCUCCGCCGUCCUGCCUGAGACGCAGGACCAGCCCCUGUGGGACACGCUGGAGCACUUCACCAAGUCGGGUUUCCAGAAGGAGACGCCCCAGUCCACCAGCGACUCCAGCUUCUGGAGGAGCAGGGAGGACUCGGUCCUGGUGCCGCCCAAGGACUCAGGCUCAGAUUACCUGUCGGAGGAGGCGGCCAAAAACACCAUCCUCAACGUGCAGAACCUCAAGAUGAGCUCCCUGGUCUCUAUCCCCUCCGAUGCCACCCUGGGGACCUUUGAAGCACUGAGCCAACCCAGACACAGCCAAGAGUCAGGAAGUAGUGCUCCCUGAGCACCAGUGCCCCCUCCCUCCCCCAUGACCUCAGGCUGGACUUGACCUUGGGCCCGUUGUACCAGGACUGACGGGAUGCCAGGCCAUCAUUUCUCAUUUUGGAACCUCCUCACUGGGCAGAGGUGGGGAGGGAGACUUGAGUUUGGAGGCUUGGCUCUCUCAAUCCAGAAUGGCC